UUGAGUCUUUUCUCCUGCUUUUUAGGCCCCCAUUAUGGCCACUUCAGACUGAAGCUGGUGAACUUUGAGUUGGAUGAAAACCACGCUUCACAUGAGACCCAGGGGUUGAGUGAAAGCUUCCUGGUGGUUCGACGGGGAAAACCUUUCAAAGUCACUCUGCGGUUUCAUGGCCGGCUGUGGGAUCCCAACACUGAGAGGCUGUUUCUGGAGAUUUCUUUAGGCAGUCUGUCAGAAUGGAUUCCGGUUCAGUUCCCUGGACAGAGGUCUGGUCCACAUCGGUGGUCCGCUACGUCGGUCCCAGGGAACGUGCAGCCUUUAUCGGUCACCAUCCACAUCUGCUCCCCUGUUCAGUCCUCGGUGGCUCUCUACGACCUGCUGGUCCACAUCGAGACCGCAGAGCACAGAGUUAGCCACGAAAUUGGAAAGUUUGUGCUACUGUGCAACCCUUGGUUGAAAGAUGAUCCGGUAUACAUGCCACUAGACGUGCACUUACAAGAGUACAUCAAGAAUGACUAUGGACUGCUUUACAUGGGCACAAGUGCAAAGGUCUGCAAGCGGCCAUGGUUGUUCGGCCAGUACGAGCCCGGGGUGCUGGAGGCGUGCCUGAUGCUCCUGCAGGUCAGCCCCCCGCACAGAGGCGACAGCAGCAGGGACUACCUCUCACGAGCAGACCCCGUCUACCUCAGCAGGGUCGUCUGCGCUAUGGUGAACAGCAACGACGACCAGGGCGUGUUGGCGGGGAAGUGGGACGGCAGCUACAGAGAUGGUGUGGCGCCAACAGACUGGAGCGGCAGCGCGGAGAUCCUGCAGCAGUGGCUCUCCUCCAGGUGCAGCCCGGUGCGCUAUGGACAGUGCUGGGUCUUUGCCUCAGUGCUCUGCACAGUGAUGAGAGUUCUGGGGAUUCCGUCCAGGGUUGUGACGACGUUCGACGCGGCUCAUGACAGUGACGGCAACACCGCGAUUGAGGAAUAUUACACAAGCGGGGGGGAGAAGCUCAACCUGUCACAGGACAGCAUUUGGAACUUCCACGUGUGGGUGGAGUGCUGGAUGAGGAGAUCAGACCUCAGUGCAGAGUUUGAUGGCUGGCAGGUAGUGGACCCGACCCCCCAGGAGAGGAGCGCAGGGACGUUCCGCUGCGGGCCUUGUCCGGUGGCCGCCAUCCAGCAGCGUUGCCUUCAGGUGCCGUACGACACCCCGUUUCUCUAUGCUUCUGUGGACGCCGACGUUGUCCGACUGAUCGUGCGCGACGGGCUGGUGGUGGGGAGGGAAGUGGACUCUGAGUCUGUGGGACAGCUGAUCUUCACCAAAAGCGUCCAGUCGGACAAUCCGGUGAAUCUGACGCAGAAUUAUAAGUGCAACAAAUCAAACAAGCAAGUCAGCUGCAUGAACAAACAGAAAAUGAGUCACAACCCGCUGGCAUCCAAAGAGGCGCAUUCUGGAGGAGUGACCCACAGUUUGGAGGUGUCCCUAAAGGUACAGGGGGUACCUUUACUGGGUGACCCCGUCUGCAUGAGCGUGACGGUCAUCAACAGGUCAAGCAGGGCCAGACUCCUGGCAGAACACGUCAACGCUCAGCUGAAGGAGUACAACCAAAAUCCACUGGAGAGCUUCUGGAAGACACACAAACAGAUGCACAUUCGGCCAUUUGAAGUGUUGACGCUCCGACACGUCAUUCCUUACCUGGCGUAUGAGUCUUUCCUGGCUGGUGAUGAUAUUAUUAACUUGGCCGUGGUGAUAAAGGACGUGAAGACCAAAGAAAGAGGCCUGGCUGCUGAAGAGUUCCCCAUAAGUGCACCAUGUAUAACCACAGAGAUUGAAGGCGGGAACAGCAUCCAGAUGAGGACGGAGCACACGGCCCGGGCUACUUUCACCAACCGGUUUGACAAACCUCUGUUCAGCCCUGUCCUGACUGUGACGGGCGCCGGCCUGCUGCAGGGGAAACAGGAGGCCAGGCUGGCUCUCCUGCUGCCCGGUGAGAAGAUGGAGAAGGAGACGUCCAUCAUGGCCACUUCACCCGGCACUAAACUGCUGACGGCUACUUUUUCACACAGCAGCAGCUGCGUCAUUCUUACCCGGAGCUACCUCAAAGUCUCCGUCAGGCCAUAAAGACAGACAGACAGCCAUUCUUCCGAAAGCCGCCCAAAAGUCAGAAAUCAUCUUUUUUUUUUUUUUUUUACUGGUUUCCAUGAACGUUCCUCAGGCAAAUGUUCAAAGUUUCCAC